AUGGGUUUAGUUAGUUGGAUUUUAUUAAGUUGUGUACUUGUUUCUCAAGUAUUUCUUGGUUAUUUAAUAACAAAAAGUAGUAAUAAUUUAGAAGAUCUUAAUACAGAAAGUAAAAACUUUUUUGGUGGUGACACAGCAGAAGAUGAAGGUGGUGGCGAAGAAGACAAACAAGAAGGUGAAGAAACUGGAGAAAGUGGAGAAAGUGGUUUAAAACCUAAAUAUUCACAUUCCUAUUUAUGGAAAAAUACCUAA